UUUCCUGUAGGUGUAUGGGGUGGAUGUGUGGCCAAUGAUUGCGGUUCAGUCGGGCUCCAGAGUCGCUCGGUGUGGUGUGUCCAUUCUGAAGGCUGGAGCACACAUCAAUCCAACUGCUUUCCAUCUGAUCGCCCACCGCACCAGAGAGCGUGUGUGAAGAUGUGUGAGUGGCAAAAGGAUCUGUUUGAGUGGCGCUUGUCUCCUUGGGGUCCCUGCACCCCGAGUCCUCUCCACCCAGCCAAUCGAUGUGUGACCGCUCAGCGUGGAGUACAAAACAGAGGUGUGGUGUGUGUGAAGCGUACUAACGGCACCACGGUGAGCCAGCAUGUGUGUGAAGCGUUUUCUGCAGUGCCGGAACGAGAACAGGCGUGUUUGUUACCCUGCCCAAUCGACUGUGUCGUCUCCGCCUUCACCCACUGGUCCACCUGCAGCCGCACCUGCGGGUCGGCCCUCCAACAGCGCACCAGACACGUGCUGGCAGCGCCCCUGUAUGGAGGAGCAGACUGUCCCAGCCUGACCCAGACACAUCCCUGUAACCAUGACAACGCCCACCCUGCUCUCUGUCCCUCUGACCAACAGGAAUACAGUUACAGUUUGUGGGUGGGGCCCUGGAGUCCUUGCAGACUUAAAGGGACAGCGCCUGUUGGAAAGACAACGGUGGACUUUGGUUUUGAACUUGAUGGGAAAAAAACAGUCAAAGCUUCAUACACCAUCAAACGCCACACUGAGAAUAAUUAUCACCAAAACCAUUAUGAUGAAAGAGGCCACAAAGUAUCCUGGGAAAUAACCAUUGGCUAUCAGACACGGCAACUGCGCUGUACAAGGAGUGAUGGGAAGAAUGCCAUGCUAAGCCUUUGCGAUCAUGACAACAGCCCCGUGAACUUUCGUUCAUGUGUGAUGCCCAGAGACUGUAGAGUGUCUGAUUGGUCGCAGUGGAGUCUGUGUUCAAAGACGUGUCAGACAUCUGAUCAAUCACCUGGCUUCAGAUUCAGGAGUCGCAGGCUAAAGAGAGCAGCCAUUGGUGGAGGAGAGCCAUGCCCCGCCCUGGAGGAAAAAGCUAACUGUAAUGGUUUGGAAGACACACUGCCACUGUGCCCAAGGUAUGAGUGGAGGGUGACCAAUUGGAAAGCAUGCCAGGUGACUUCACUUUUGAGUCAGCAGGACCAUCACCAUAGCAAUACCAGCAUCCUGUGUGGAGGUGGGAUCCGGACCCGAGAGGCAUAUUGUGUCAGGAUCCAUGACAGUACAGUACUGUCCCAUAUCAGUCGGCCUGUUGGCAGGAACUUGUGCACCGGGCCUUUACCGCCAUUGGCUGAGUCUUGCUUCAUUCCCUGUCAGAAACAUUGUCCCCUCACGCCUUGGUCACCCUGGGGACCCUGUCUCCAUGACAACUGUUUGGAACCUCAGGGAAGAAGAGGUUUCAGGAUGAGAACUCGUUCUGUAAUUAUGGAGUCUUGGGUGGAGUCCGACAGUUGCCCUCACAUCAGCGAAGCGAUGAUCUGCGAUGACCCUGUCUGCUUCAUGUGGAGAGUAACAUCACAGGGGCCCUGUGUUCCUCAAAAUGGAUCGUGUGGCCCAGGAUUCCAAGAACAGACUCUAGAGUGUUUUUCCGCCACAGGUGAGACAGUCCCUAGUGAUCAGUGUUCAGGAGAUCCUCCUCCAGUCCAGCAGUCAUGUGAGAUGCCCUGUCCUGGGGACUGUGUGUUGGGACACUGGGGUCCCUGGACUUCCUGUUCCCAAUCCUGCUCCAGUAAACACCAAGAGGGGAAACAAAGUCGCUCACGCCUUGUUCUGGCUCUUCCUGGAGAGUAUGGAAAGCCAUGUCCUCCGGCCCCUGAGCUGGUGCAGUGGAGACCCUGUGGCACACAACCAUGCACAGUGUACUACUGGGAUACUUCACCUUGGGAUCCCUGUAUGCCGAACACCAUCACAGACGAGAGUGAAGGUAACAGCGCACCUCCACAGAUGGAGAACGAUGCCACCUGCGGUACAGGGGUACAGAUGCACCAAGUCACAUGCAGGAGAGCUGGGAAUGGACAUGUGCUGCCAAAACGGUGUCCUGAAUCCUCUUGUCCUGACUCCAUCCGGUCUUGUCCUUUACCUUGCAAAAUUGACUGCAUCGUCACACCUUUUAGCGAAUGGAGCACCUGUCCCACUUCCUGUUUAUCGGUGAAUGCUACUGCACCAACCCAGUCUCGUCACAGGAUCAUCAUCCAGAGACCUGCCAAUGGAGGUCAAGAGUGCCCAGAUACUCUUUAUGAGGAGAGAGAAUGUGAUCCACCCCCUCUGUGCCCAACUUACAGAUGGCAGACCCAUCGCUGGCAUCAGUGCAUUCUGGUACCUGAUUCGGUGAGGAAGGCUGUGGGUGGGCCCGCAGAGGCAUGCGGUAUUGGCCUAGAGACAAGAGAGGUGACGUGUGUUGGUGCGGAUGAUUCUCCAGCAGAUGUGACAAACUGUUUGAGGUGGGCUGGACUGAUGCCCGUCCCGGUGAGGGAAUGUCUUUUGCCAUGCAGAGAUGAAUGUAGCUUCACCUCCUGGAGCAGAUUCCCCCAGUGUCAAGGCUGUGGAAGUUGGCGCACUCGUACCCGAUCUCUGAUAGGCCGCAGUAAGAAGCGCUGGCGAUGCCAACAGGAAGAGGCGUUUCCUCUCCUGGAGAAAGAAGCCUGUCCUUGUUCUGAAUUUCACACCCAGGCUCAGGGUCCCUGGUCUCCUUGCUUGCUCUCACCAGCAAAGAACAUUGCUGGCCAUCCUUUCAUCCAAGGAGUUUCCCACCAAGGCCAAAAGGCAGUCCAGGACUGGCGAGCUCAGAGGAAGUACAGCGAGUGUGGGCAUGGGAAACGCUACAGAGCUCUUGCCUGUCUGGAUCACCUGGGACGAUUGGUGGAGCCAGCUCUCUGUAGAAGCCCUGGUUAUGAUGAGGACUCGUGUCAUGUACCCUGUUCUACGGACUGUAAGCUAAGUGAGUGGUCGAAUUGGUCCGCCUGCAGCGCCUCGUGUGGUGGGGGGGUAAAAGUUCGCUCUCAGUGGCUACGAGAGAAGCCUUUCAAUGGAGGUCGGCCCUGCCCAAAACUCGAUUACAAAAAUCAGGUGAGAAUGAUGUUCCCGUCAACUUCUACUUUAUUGAUCUUGUUAGAAAUAAAGAAACUAAUUAGUCCAAAUAAGACACGGGAUUGUAAUGACGGUGAUUUGAGGUGGAGGAGUAGAAGUGUCUUGAGGUGGCCAGAAGGAGAUCAUACCUGCCCAGAUCUAAACCAGACUCAAGCCUGUAUCAAUAUGACCUGUCUCAAAUACUCCUACGUUUAUUCAGAUUGGAGUAGCUGUCAGCUCAGUGAAAAUGCAGUAUGCAGCCAUGGGAUUAAGACCAGACUCCUGAACUGUGUCCGCAGCGACGGGAAGCUGGUGGAACCGAGCAUGUGCAAAGAGCUGGGUCCUUCACGUGGAAAGCUCUCUGCCCCCUGUGAGGUGGGCUGCCCUGUUAAUUGCCUGAUUACAGAGUGGUCCACCUGGUCAGAAUGUUCACACACCUGUGGAAGCCAAAGUCAGAUGACACGAUCCAGGGUCGUUUUGCAGCCUGCCGGAGAGGGAGGUCGUCCCUGUCCAUCUCAGCUUUCCCAAACUCACCCCUGUCCCAUCAGGCCAUGCUACAGUUGGAGACUGGGGGACUGGAGACCGUGCAGAAUGGAGGGGGCCGACUGUGGCGAGGGAGUAAGUCAGAGGGAAAUAUCCUGUGUAGUGCACUGGGGUUCUCUUUCAGGUCCUCCUCAGCCCGUUCCAGUAGAGGAUAAAAUGUGUGUAGGAAAUUCACAGAGCAAAGUCAGCGAGACUGAGUUACUGCAGCCCUGCACAAUCCCUUGUCCAGGAGAAUGUCAUCUAACCAAAUGGUCAGCUUGGAGUUUGUGUCAGCUGCUGUGUUUGGAUGGGCGGAGUUUUGAGACAUGGGGUCGACAGGCUCGUUCUAGAGCCAUAGUCACACAGGUCCCGGAGAACCAGGACACCUGUCCCAGCCAGAUGUACGAGACACGGCCAUGCCGAGGAGGAACAUGUCUUAGUUAUGAAUGGAUGACUGGUGAAUGGAGGCAUAACCGGAGACUGGUGUGGUGCCAGCGCUCUGAUGGAGUCAAUGUCACAGGAGGCUGCAUUGCUCAGAACCAGCCCUCUGCCAUAAGACAGUGUCACCCUCCCUGCACCAAACCCUUCUCCUUCUGCACACAGAAUGGAGUCUGUGGUUGUGAGAAGGGCUUCAUGGAGGUCAUGACCUCUCACGGGUUCCUUGACUACUGUACCAGAACACCAGGGCUGGACCAUAAGAAGGAAGAUGUGAAGACCACCGCAGGCCGACCAGAGCACGCUUGGAACAAGAACCACAUCCAGGACUGGGCGCUGCAGCCUCUUGGACCAGAUGGCCGUGUCAAGUUGUGGGUAUAUGGGCUGAUGGCGGCCGGGUUUGUUGUCAUCCUCCUCCUCAUCAUUAUGUCCUUCCUACUGUGUAAAAACCCGGAGGACAGUCCCAGCAGCAGUCCACAGAAGGCACUGGCUCUGGUGUAUGAUGGGGAUGUGGAUAUGUGAGCCCACUAUGAGUAUGCGAGGCUGAAACAUGCUCAAAACAGACGUCUGGCAUCCUUCAGACCACAAAAUGAACAUUUACAGCAGCACACAAGCUGAGCGUGACAAUGAGCCGGACCAGAGAUGAUGUUGACUGGAUGACUGAUGUUUAAACUGCACAAAGACUAAACACGAGGCUAUCUGGAGGACUUUGAGGAACUGCACAGAGGAAAAUGUCAUACAGCAUCAUGUCUACACUACCAUAGCGUGAGUGUGUGUGUAUGUCUGUCUGUUUGUGUGUGUGUUUGUGUAUCAGGGUGCAAGGGUCUUGUUUAAUG